AGUGACAUUAACACUUUCUGGUUUACCCAUUCCGGAGUCCGGACCCAAAAUUCAAAAUUUAAAACCAAAAAAAAAACAAGAUGUCGGACAUCAAUUUGGCUGCCUACGAUGCCUUCCGCCGCGAUCUGGCCGGAAUCUUCAAGACCUUCAGCGCCUACACUCAGACCGAUUUUACUAAGGAAGUUGGCACCGACACCAAAGUAGACUUGGAGUCUGCUUCCGAAAGUCAACUAUCAAAACUCUAUGAUCUAGAUUUGGAAAAGAUUAGAGUUGUAUUGUAAAUAUGGAUGGAAGAACCUCGUCUGAACCGGAUGAUUGGCAUCCGGAUAGAGUGACUUUGCGUCGCCGUAAAAGCUGUCCCAGCGAGGGAAUCCGACCGCUCGAAAGAAAUCAAGACACUCCUCUGCGACGAUCUGAAUCUGAACCGAAUUUGGACUCCAACGUAGCCAGAGGUUUGGUGGCUCUACAGUCAGUUGCCCAACA